CAUUUCUCUGACUACCAAAGUCAAAAUUUCAAUGGCUGAUGCCGUCUUGAUCUAAGCAACUGCUUGGGGUGGUGCAAUACAAAUUAAAGUAAUGGUCCAAGUACACCUUCAGCCUUCUCCCUAACUACCCAAAUGUUAUGUGCAAAACCCCAAAGUCUUGCAUCACUCCCCAUGUUUAUCAACCGAUACAUGCAUUAUUAACACUACAACCCAAAAUCUUCCUCACUUCUCAAAACACAAUUAAAAAAAAAAUAAAAAAUGGAACAACAAAUUCUACUAGCACUUGUAUCUUUCAUCAUUGCAACCUUUCUCUUUUACACCAUGAUCCAACGUCGUUGUCGCCCACCAUUAUCAACUCUACCACCAUCUCCGCCUCUGCUCCCUAUAAUCGGUCACCUCCAUCUCUUAACUGACAUGCCACAUCACACCUUCACUCAACUAGCUCAAAAACUCGGUCCAAUCAUACACCUUCAACUCGGUCAAGUCCCUACAGUGAUCAUCUCGACGUCUCAACUCGCUGAACUUGUUCUAAAAACGCAUGACCAUGUUUUCAUGAGCCGCCCACAAAUCAUUGCAGCUCAAUACCUCUCCUUUGGCUGCUCUGAUGUCACCUUUUCGCCUUAUGGCCCUUACUGGCGCCAAGCUAGAAAAAUUUGCGUAACCGAGUUGCUGAGUUCGAAACGAGUUAACUCGUUCCAGUUCAUAAGGAAUGAGGAAAUUAACCGCAUGUUACGAGUUAUCUCGGAACACUCCGAGUGUGAACUCGAUAUGAGUCAGGUUUUCUUCGUGGUCGCGAACGAUAUUUUGUGCAGGGUGGCAUUUGGGAAGAGAUUUAUUGAUCAUAAUUUGAAAGAGAAGAAAGAGAAGGGUUUAGUGAGCGUAUUAACGGAGACACAAGCUUUAUUAGCAGGGUUUUGUGUAGGCGAUUUUUUUCCAAAGUGGGAAUGGGUUAACUCAUUGAGUGGGAUGAAGAAGAGAUUAAUGAAUAAUUUGAAGGAUUUGAGGGAAGUGUGUGAUGAGGUAAUAAAAGAGCAUGUGAAAAAGAGAGAUGAAAAUGGUGAUGUUUUAGGAAAGGAAGACUUUGUUGACGUAUUGCUUAGAGUCCAGAAAAGAGAUGAUCUUGAAGUGCCUAUUACUGACGACAACCUUAAAGCUCUUAUUCUGGACAUGUUUGUUGCUGGAACAGAUACGUCAGCAGCUACACUAGAAUGGACAAUGACAGAAUUAGCUAGGCAUCCAAGUGUUUUGGAAAGGGCACAAGAUGAAGUAAGGAAAAUUACAGCUAAUAGAGGAAAGGUAGAAGAAUCUGAUCUUCAACGCCUUCACUACAUAAAAGCAGUAAUAAAGGAGACAAUGCGAUUGCACCCCCUUGUCCCUCUUCUAGUACCUCGAGAAUCAAUGGAGAAAUGCAUUCUUAAUGACUACGAAAUACCAGCAAAAACUAGGAUUCUAAUCAACACGUACGCCAUUGGAAGGGAUCCAGAGUCAUGGAAGAGUCCGUUGGACUACAAUCCCGAGAGGUUUAUGGAGAAUGAUAUCGAUUUUAGGGGACAAGAUUUCAGGUUCUUGCCAUUUGGAGGAGGGAGAAGAGGUUGUCCAGGUUACGCUCUUGGAUUAGCGACUAUUGAGCUUUCAUUGGCUCGUUUGUUGUAUCACUUUGAUUGGAAAUUGCCUCCUGGAGUAGCAGAUCAAGAUGUUGAUUUGUCUGAGAUUUUUGGACUGGCUACUAGAAAAAAAGUGGCUCUAAAACUUGUUCCAACCAUCAACAGGCUUUAUGCGUCCGGAGAAGAGGAGGAUCUGCAGUUUGCUACUCUCUGAUUAAUUUAUUUUCCUUUUCAGAAUCUUAGGUAAUAUGUUAAUGAAUAAUAAGGCUAGCCUGUGAUUCGACAUACAUGUACUGUUUUUCAAGGUCGAUUGUACUUUGUAACACUUUUAGCAAGAGUUCCUACAAAUAAUUUUGAUACAAAUAAAUCCAAAGUACAAAAGUAGAAUUAAACACCA